GCGAAAAUGUAAAGUUCCCGCCAUUUGUAACAUUCGCACCGCCAUUUUCAUCCUUUCCAUCUCGCAACACCGGAUCUUGGGAGUGAAAUACACAUACAGAUAGGAGAAAAAUAGUAAAAAAAAAAUAAAAAAUGUCCGACGAGCAGCAGGCUGUGGGAGGCAGGAAGCGGGCCCGGGGCGUCACUGCCACGCCGCGUACGGAGGCACUCGAGCGUCUCAGGGCAAUCCGACGCGGGGGGCGCCGUGAGAUCGACGGCGGCGGCUUCCAGAUCAGGAUGGAGCAGCCAAUUUACGACACCGUGGAUGAAGACGAGUACACAGCUUUGGUCGCCAAGCGCCGCGAAGAAAAUGAGGGUUUUAUCGUCGACGACGAUGGCCUAGGGUACGGCGACCAAGGCCAGGAAGAGGAUUGGUCUCUCGCCGGAGGCUCUCUGUCCUCUGAAGAAUCGGAGGGAGAAUCUGGAAGGCUGAAGAAAAAGAAAAAUAAAUCCAAUCCGGACAAGGAGAAGCAAACCGUGAAAAAACCAACCGCUCUGGCGUCGGCAGCCGCCUUGAUGGGUAAGCAGAGCAUUUCGAAUAUGUUUACUUCGUCCGUGUUUAAGAAAGACAAGCAAAUGAAUUUGACGUGUGAUAGCAUCGUUGAUGAUGUGAUUGCUGAGUUUGCACCUGAUGAGAGUGAUAGGGAGAGAAGGAGGAGAGCCAAUUCGAUUAAUUUGGGAUCGAGUAAAUUGAAUGGUAUUGCACCGCCUUCUUCGAGACUUUUACCUGUUAAAAUCGAGAAGCCUGCUCUUAGUAGUGCUAAUUUAGAGGUUAGGGAUGAAAUUAGUGAGAUCAAUGGCAGUUUUGAUGAUGGCAAUGAUAGCAUUCGAGCGGACGCGAGGGAAUGGCAAGCCAUACUAAGCGCAGGGCAAAAUGGAUGUGGGCUGGAGGCGAAGCAAGGCACGAGUGACGAGGAGAAAUUGGAAUUUGAAGUGGAUAGCAAUGGAUCAUUGCCUUUCUACAUACUUGAUGCUCAUGAGGAGAUUUAUGGUGCAAAUGCUGGGAAUGUUUAUCUCUUUGGAAAGGUCAAAUCUGGAGGUACAUACCACAGCUGCUGUGCGGUUGUAAAAAACAUGGAGAGAUGCGUGUAUGCAUUCCCAACUGUUUCUUUCAUGGAAAAUGACUCAAUUAUAGAGCUAGAGAAAAAGGUUGAAGAGUCUCAAGCAUCCCCCAUGGAUUCUAAGGACUUAAAUAUAAAGCAAGAGAGACUUGGUGAAAAGUCCAGAAAGCCAUCCACGUCAUCCACAGAUCUCAAAGACACAAAAUCAAAGUUAGAGAAACUUGUUGAAGAGUCUAAAACAGCUUUAAGGACUCAACUUCAUGAGGUAGCAUCAGAACUGAAGACUGAAAUGAGAAAACAGUUAAUAGACCGAAAUAUUUCAAGUUUCAGCAUGGCACUUGUUAAGAGAAAUUAUGCAUUUGAGAGAACAGACAUACCUCACGGGAAGAAUUAUGUCCUCAAGAUCAGCUAUCCUUUCAAGGAUCCACCACUACCAUCAGACCUCAAGGGAGAGCAUUUCUCUGCUUUGCUUGGAACUCAUAACAGUGGCUUGGAGCUUUUUCUGAUUAAAAGGAAAAUAAAAGGACCAUCAUGGCUAUCAAUUUCAAAAUUCUCCAGCUGUACAGCUUCUCAACGUGUGAGCUGGUGCAAGUUUGAGGUUACUGUUGAUUUCCCAAAGGAUGUUCAAGUUUCCACUUCCUCGACACAUGUUGCAGUGAUUCCUCCAGUAGUAGUUACGGCAAUUAAUUUAAAAACUAUCAUCAACGAGAAACAGAAUGUAAACGAAAUUGUCUCGGCAUCUGUCAUUUGCUGCCAUAGGGCUAAGAUAGAUACUCCCAUGGCGGCCUCAGAAUGGACUCGCCCAGGCAUGCUAAGUCAUUUUACUGCAGUGCGUAGACUUGAGGGAGGCAUAUUUCCGAUGGGUUUUACGAAGGAGGCAGCUGAGAAAAAUGCGAAGGCCGGGUCAAAUGUUGUUUGCUAUGAAAGCAGUGAAAGGGCUUUGUUAAAUCGCUUGAUGAUCGAGUUGCACAAAUUGGAUAGUGAUUUUCUAGUUGGGCACAAUAUAUCUGGGUUUGACCUAGAUGUACUUCUUCACAGAAUUCAGGCUUGCAGGGUGCCCAGCAGUAUGUGGUCCAAAAUAGGCCGACUCAAGCGGUCUACAAUGCCCAAACUUAAUAAAGGAAGCUCUGUGUUUGGUUCAGGAGCAAGUCCAGGAAUCAUGUCAUGCAUUGCCGGCCGUCUCCUAUGUGAUACUUAUAUUUGUUCUCGUGAUCUACUAAAGGAGGUGAGCUAUUCCUUGACAGAACUAGCAAAGAAACAGCUGAAAAAGGACCGUAAGGAGAUCACUCCACACGAUAUUCCUCAAAUGUUUCAAAGUUCUCAAUCUCUUAUGGAGCUUAUGGAAUAUGGUGAAACAGAUGCAUGGUUGUCGAUGGAGCUCAUGUUCCAUUUGAGUGUUCUUCCACUCACACAUCAACUGACUAAUAUUAGUGGCAAUCUUUGGCAUAAAACUCUCCAGGGUGCUAGGGCUCAAAGAGUGGAAUAUCUUUUGUUACAUGCAUUCCAUGCGAAGAAAUUUAUCGUCCCAGACAAAUUUUUUGCCCAGUCCAAGGAGGCAAGGACAAAAAAGCAUAAAAUUAGUAGUGGUGUUGAGGGAAAAGAAACUGUCCCAGAUGAUAUAAAUUCUGUUGAAGAGCCAGCAGAAAAUCACCAUGGAAAAAACAAAAAGGGAGGUUCCUAUGCUGGUGGAUUGGUGUUGGAGCCAAAGAAAGGACUAUAUGACAAAUAUAUAUUACUACUGGAUUUUAACAGUCUUUACCCCUCUAUUAUUCGGGAAUAUAAUAUUUGUUUUACUACUGUGGAUAGAUCUACGGAUGAAUCAGUUCCUCAUUUGCCAACUAGUAAAAGGCCUGGAGUUCUACCAGAGUUGCUUAAGAAUUUGGUGGAAAGAAGAAAAAAGGUGAAAGAAAUGUUGAAAAAUGCGUCCCCACACAAUGUUCAGCAGCUUGACAUACGACAACAAGCUUUAAAGCUAACGGCAAAUAGCAUGUAUGGAUGCCUGGGAUUCUCCAACUCCAGAUUCUAUGCAAAACCCCUUGCAGAACUUAUAACACUACAAGGAAGAGAGAUUUUACAGAGCACGGUUGAUCUGGUUCAGAAUACUCUAAACCUGGAGGUUAUUUAUGGUGACACAGAUUCAAUAAUGAUAUAUAGUGGACUUGAUGAUAUCAAGGAAGUUAAAGAAAUAGCGAGGAAGGUCAUUCAAGAGGUUAACAAGAAAUAUAAGUGUCUGGAGAUUGACCUCGAUGGCUUGUACAAGAGAAUGCUAUUGCUCAAGAAGAAGAAAUAUGCAGCUGUCAAAUUGCAUUUUAAGGAUCAUACAUCUUAUGAGGUUAUUGAGCGGAAAGGUCUUGAUAUAGUUCGGCGUGACUGGAGCUUGCUGUCAAAGGAAUUGGGAGAUUUCUGCCUCAGUCAAAUAUUAUCUGGCGGGUCCUGUGAGGAUGUUGUUGAAGAAAUACAUAAGUCUCUCAUGAAGGUUCAAGAGGAAAUGAGGAAUGGGCAAAUACCGCUGGAAAAAUAUGUGAUCACAAAGACGCUCACUAAACCACCUGAAGCAUAUCCUGAUGCGAGAUCUCAGCCUCACGUUGAAGUAGCACUUCGAUUGAAGAGGAAUGGCUACGUGACUGGUUGUUCUGCUGGAGAUACAGUUCCUUAUAUCAUUUGCUGUGAGCAGGGAAAUGGUUCGUCUACAUCAGUUGGAAUUGCCCAACGGGCAAGACAUCCCGAUGAACUAAAAAAGGAUAAUGAGAACUGGAUGAUUGACAUUGACUAUUAUCUCGCGCAGCAGAUUCAUCCCGUGAUAUCACGUCUAUGUGCGUCAAUUCAGGGUACAAGUCCAGCACGUCUGGCUGAUUGUUUGGGGCUUGACUCAUCAAAGUUCCAGAAUAAAUCUAGUGAUCCUGUCAACAACGAUCCGUCAAGCUUGCUGGCGUUUACACUAGAUGACGAGGAGAGAUAUCGGGGUUGUGAAGCUUUGGUGUUAUCAUGCCCUGGUUGCUCUGAAACCUUCGAAUGCUCGUCUAUAUUGAGCUCACUACACGCAUUGAUCAAUACAGAAGAUAAACAAGCUGGAUCGACUAAUAACUUCUGGCACAAUUUGUGCUGUCCGAAAUGUCCAGAGGAAGGAGAUGGCGGGAAAAUAUCUCCUGCUAUUAUAGCCAAUCAGGUAAAAAGACAGGCUGAAGGGUUUAUGUCAAAAUAUUACAAGGGCCUGAUGACGUGUGAUGACGAAACCUGCAAUUACACUACCCGCAGUGUGAAUCUUCGAGUACUUGGUGAUUCCAAGAGAGGGACCACUUGUCCAAAUUAUCCCCGCUGUAAUGGACAUCUCGUAAGAAAGUACACGGAAGGAGAUCUAUACAGGCAGCUUGCAUAUUUCUGCUACACCUUAGAUACCGUGCGCUGCAUUCCUAAGAUUGAGGGUGAUAAAAAAUUGGCCUUGGAGAAAGAAAUUGCUAGAAUCAGGCCUCGGGUUGAAUUGGCAGCAUCGACGGUGCAGAAAAUCCGCGACAGAUGCGCUUAUGGAUGGGUGCAGCUGAAGGACCUGAUUGUUGUAGUUUAGCCUGAAAAGUGGUGUUUUGUAUUUUGUACAGAAAAUAGAUUGUGAGUUCAUAUUUGGUGUGUCAGCUUUUAAAGAAAAAAGGUUGCUUGUGUAAAUAUUGAGUGUAUAAUUUAUGCACGGCUUACCCGAACGCGUAUUUGCCCGGACAGUUAAUUUAAUAUAUAAGAAAUUUUGAGGACGUUGCUAUUGAUUGAA